UUGUCCAAGAUGGCGGCGCCGGGGGCGCUGCCUCCCCGGCCGCCGCCGCUGCCGCUGUGAGAAGCCUGUGGGCCGCCCGCCCGCCCGCCGCGCCGGCGCCAUGAAGCGGCAGAGUGAGCGAGACUCGAGCCCCAGCGGGCGCGGCUCGUCAUCGUCGGGCAAGCGGCCGCGGGAGCGCGAGCGGGAGGCGGAGGCGGGCGGGCGGCGAGCGGCGCACAAGGCCUCAGGCGGCGCCAAGCACCCGGUUCCAGCACGGGUUCGCGAUAAGCCCCGCGGCAGUGGAGGAGGCGCAGGUGGGCAUCGCGACAACCGCGGCGCCGGGGACGCGAAUCACCGUGCGAGCAGUGGUCGCUCCUCGGGCUCCGGUGUCGGCAGCGGGGGACGAGGCGGCAAGGCCUCGGGGGACCCAGGCGCCUCAGGCGCAUCGCCCCGCGCGUCCCCGCUGCCGCCGCCUCCGCCGCCACCUGGGGCCGAGCCCUCAGGCCUUGGCUCUUCGGCGGCCGCGCCCGAGUACAAGACGUUGCUCAUCAGCAGCCUGAGCCCCGCGCUGCCCGCUGAGCACUUGGAGGACCGGCUUUUCCAUCAGUUCAAGCGUUUCGGCGAGAUCAGCCUACGCCUGUCACACACGCCGGAGCUGGGCCGCGUGGCCUACGUGAACUUCCGGCACCCGCAGGACGCGCGGGAGGCCCGCCAGCACGCCCUGGCCCGCCAGCUGCUGCUGUACGAUCGUCCGCUCAAGGUAGAGCCCGUGUAUCUGCGCGGCGGUGGUGGUGGCGGAGGGAGCAGCCGGCGAAGUAGCAGCAGCAGCGCCGCCGCCUCCACGCCGCCCCCUGGGCCACCCGCACCCACUGACCCGCUCAGCUACCUGCCUCUGCACGGGGGCUACCAAUACAAGCAGCGCUCACUGUCCCCGGUAGCCGCCCCGCCACUUCGGGAACCCCGUGCCCGCCACGCCGCUGCAGCUUUCGCCCUGGAUGCUGCUGCCGCUGCCGCUGUGGGACUCUCCCGGGAGCGGGCCCUGGACUACUACGGCCUGUAUGAUGACCGUGGGCGGCCUUAUGGCUACCCGGCUGUGUGCGAGGAGGACCUGAUGCCCGAGGAUGACCAGCGGGCCACACGCAAUCUCUUCAUUGGGAACCUGGACCACAGUGUGUCAGAGGUGGAGCUGCGCCGGGCUUUUGAGAAAUAUGGUAUCAUCGAGGAGGUGGUCAUCAAGAGGCCUGCCCGUGGCCAGGGUGGUGCCUAUGCCUUCCUCAAGUUCCAGAACCUGGAUAUGGCCCACAGGGCCAAGGUGGCCAUGUCCGGUCGGGUGAUUGGCCGCAACCCCAUUAAAAUAGGCUAUGGCAAGGCCAACCCCACCACUCGCCUGUGGGUGGGUGGCCUGGGACCCAACACUUCACUGGCAGCCCUGGCCCGGGAGUUUGACCGCUUUGGGAGCAUUCGGACCAUCGAUCACGUCAAAGGAGACAGCUUUGCCUAUAUCCAGUAUGAGAGCUUGGAUGCAGCUCAGGCUGCCUGUGCUAAAAUGAGGGGCUUUCCCUUGGGUGGUCCAGACCGCAGGCUCCGGGUGGAUUUUGCCAAAGCAGAGGAGACUCGGUAUCCUCAGCAGUACCAGCCCUCGCCCCUCCCUGUGCAUUAUGAGCUUCUCCCAGAUGGAUACACCCGGCACCGAAACCUGGAUGCUGACCUGAGGGUGCGGGAUAGGACUCCCCCACACCUCCUAUACUCAGACAGAGACAGGACCUUUUUGGAAGGGGACUGGACCAGCCCCAGUAAAAGCUCUGACCGCCGGAACAGCCUAGAGGGCUACAGCCGCUCAGUGCGCAGCCGGAGUGGGGAGCGCUGGGGGGGAGAUGGGGACCGUGGAGUGCCCAAACCCUCCUGGGAAGAGAGGCGGAAGCGGAGGAGCCUUUCUAGCGACCACAGCCGGACAGCCCACUCCCCCUACGAGGAACGUAACAGGACCAAGGGUGGUGGGCAGCAGCUGGAGCGAAGCUCUGACCGCACCCCUGAGCGCAGCCGCAAGGAAAACCACUCCAGCGAAGGAACCAAGGAUUCAAGCAGCAACUCCCUCAGUAAUAGCAGACAUGGGGCUGACGAGCGGAGCCACCACCACCACCAUGAGGCUCCAGACCCUUCCCAUGGGAAGAAGAUGCGAGAUGGCGAGCGCAAUCAUCGGACCGCUGAGGCUGAACCCAAGCUGCUCGAAGAGCCAAAACAUGAGACCAAAAAGCUAAAGAAUCUUUCAGAGUAUGCCCAGACACUACAGCUGGGUUGGAACGGGCUUCUUGUGUUGAAAAACAGCUGCUUCCCGACAUCUAUGCACAUCCUAGAAGGGGACCAGGGGGUUAUCAGCGGUCUCCUCAAAGACCACACCUCGGGGAGUAAGCUGACCCAGCUGAAGAUUGCCCAGCGCCUUCGACUGGACCAGCCCAAGCUUGAUGAGGUCACGCGGCGCAUCAAGCAGGGGAGCCCCAAUGGCUACGCAGUGCUCCUAGCCACCCAGGCGACCCCCAGUGGGCCUGGCACUGAGGGGAUGCCCGUGGUGGAGCCAGGCCUACAGAGGCGGCUUCUCAGGAACCUGGUCUCCUACUUGAAACAGAAGCAGGCCGCAGGGGUGAUCAGCCUGCCAGUGGGUGGGUCCAAGGGCAGAGACAGCACGGGCAUGCUCUACGCCUUCCCGCCCUGCGACUUCUCGCAGCAGUACCUCCAGGCAGCACUGAGGACCCUGGGCAAGCUCGAAGAAGAGCACAUGGUGAUAGUUAUCGUAAGAGAUACUGCGUAGGUCACACCUGUCUUUUCUUACUCCGUGUUUCUUUGUGUCACAAAAGCAGUUAUUUUGAAAUCGGAUGCUUUCCCUAUCCUACAGCCUAGGUUUGAAUUCUGUGCUGGGUUAUUUUGGUUCAUUUGGUCGGGGACCAGAAGUCCUGUCCACAGCUGAAACUAAGUUGUUAGCUUUAGGGUUUUUCUUUUUUUAACAGCCAUGAGAAGGAGCUCCUGUUACCUUGGUUUCUAGUGUACAAGAUACUGUCUACUGUAUUCUGUAUUUUUUUAUUUUUUGACUAACUGUAUAGAAAGUUGUCAGUAAAGCCUUUGUCAGAGGAUGGAUUUUUAAUCCUGUCCAGAGUCCUGGUUUAAUCAAGUUUUUUCUCAAAGAAUGGAAGCCCUCUUUCCCACUGCGUGCAAACAAAUGCCCUACAGCACCUUUCCAGCACCACCAUGUCAAAAAGUCCUGCUGCAUCAGCGGCUCUUAGCCCCUUGGCUCUUCAGGCUGAGCAGGACUGUUCUCCCACUUGCUUUUAUCUUGGCUGUGGGCAGGGGGGCUUCAGUUUGGGCUGUGGACCCUGCCACUCCAGCCAUGCAGAGGAAGGGGUGAGGCUGAGGUUUGUAACCAUCAGCACCUGAUAGUUUGGGAGUCUUUUGUUUUUUGUUUCUUUUCUUUCCUGCCCUAAACAGUGUGGGUGUCCAUCAUUUUGAACUGUAGCUAUCAGACAAAGUGCUCAAUCUUAAGACCUGUUGGAAAGCAGGUAGUCAUUAGCGGUUGUGUUGUCUUGCAGUCACGGGGGAGGAGCAGUGCAAUAUUGAUGCCAGGGGGUCUUGGAGUCACCAGUCUACCCAGGACUCCCUCUUUGGGCAUCCUCCCUUCUAGCCUUAUUCAGCCCAGGGAUGUCCAGCGUCGGAAACAAAGCUGCCUCAGACUCCCAGGGACACUGGUGGCCAAGUGCUGGAAUGGAGGGUGGGGCAGCCUUCCUUGGUUAAUUCUUGAACCCCUUUGCCCUUGUGUGGGUGAAUUUUGGCUCUUUGAUCGUUCAGGGCUGAUGUGUCAGUUGGGUGGGCCUUGGCCCGCAGCUGUAACUAGAGUUCUGUGGGGGCCCUUGAAUCCCCAGAAACAAACUACUUUUGCCAUGCCUCAGGGGAAUGAAGUGGGCUAGGAAGAUGCCCUGGAUAACUGAGAUGACAGCAGUUUCCCAGGUGCAAAGUAAGCAUGUGUUCCAAGGCCUUUUGCCAUGACACCAAGGCCAGGACCACUGGGAGACAGGGAUUUGCCGGUGGGGACAUGAGGUCACAGUCGCUGAGGUGUUGGGCACUGCUGGUUUGAAGCUGUUCAGGUGCACUGGGGAAGAACAUGGAGGUAUCCUCUAACUGGGAGGGAAAGAUGACUUGAUGGAGUCUUAAGUUGCGUCCUUCAUUUGUCUCUGGAAAGGUAGUGUGGGCCAGCACUGGCAGGAACCUAGAGGUCAGCAGUUUAUGCUUGUGGCUGCUAGAAUGUUCCAAAAGGAUCGCACUCAGGGCUGGGAAUGGAAAGCCCAGUAAGGGAAACAGUCCCAUUUGUUCAAUGCUUUAAGCAGCCCCCAAAUGGCUAGGAGAUCUGGGUUCUGCCAGUAAUGUCACCCUCUCCCUCCAAGUCUGGUGCAUCCCCCAGCUGGCACAGGUGAUGGUCUGCUGGUAUUUUGGGAGCACAUGGUGAGCCUGAGUAUUGCAGGCUGCCAGGAGAAUCAUGCCUGACCAGGGGAACAGUGGGAGUGAGUUGUCUUUUAGAGAUCUUGAGAUUUGCAGUGAACAGAAUGGGCCUGGGAAGUACUGCUCUCAGAGCUUCAGCUGAUGCUCUUAAGUGAACAAGCAUGUUUAGAAAACAUUAAUACAAGAAGCAUGAAAUGUGUUAAUUUGCUUGUGGCCACAGCUGCCAGGGAUGUAAGCAGGUCGGUCAUGGCCUGGUGGGGCGCACCUGCACCCCUCUGGGGUCAUUGGUGCUGCCAGGGACCUCAGGAGGUGGACUGGGCUACUUUGGAGCAGACGACGUGGGAGAUGGUUUGAAGGCACAUUGUAGGUGCCCGCAAUCUUCAACAAACACCGGGGCCACAGGCUGGUGCUGCCUUAGCAUGCUAAGGCUAAAAUCUCCAGGCUUCCUGUCUUCCUUCAUAGGGUAGAUGCUCAGGGUGCAGGAUAAUACACCUGCCAGCUUUCCCAGACAGAACUGAGUAAACAGCAACAGACACUAGAAAAGCUGGUUGGAGGAGACACUUCCACCUUCACCUUGUCCACCCUCUGGGGUGGGUGCCCUCUGGCCCCACAGAGAACUGCAGAGUUCUGGUGCAGAGGCACACCCCACUGUGGGACCUUCCUCCUUCCUUCUCUUCCCCGGACCCCCUCUUCUCAACCACUUCUUUUAGCUCUUUAGACAUAGCAGGUUCUGUGACCUCUCAGAAAAGCCUUGGCCAGCACAAGUAAGAGGGUGGGUCAAGUGGUGAAGACCCUGGUUGAUUUACAGGCUUGCCCCCAGACUGGAUACUGUUAGUACCUCCACCUGGGGUUCAGCUCCCAUCUGAGGUGUCAAAAGGCCCAAAGCGCUAGAAGGUAAAAUUGCCCUGGUGGUGGUUUGCUACCAAUCUACGUUUCCUCCUAAGUGACAAAUUUUGAGCCUUGGUAGAAUAAGAGGAUUGGAUGUUUCUUUGGCCUCUUAGGGCACUUUCCUAAGGGUGUAUUGUCAAGUCAACCAGAAUUCUGCUUUCCUCUUGGAGGUCCUCGUCUCCACCAUAGAGCCCGUGGGUGCUCCCAAGAGCUCUGGUGGAGUGCAGGGAGGCAGCGGCUCAGCUGAGUUAAUGACUAGAGUGUAGUGCUUUAGUGCUUUUCCUUACUUCUUGACCUUUCUUCUAAUGCAUUUGGUACUAGCAGUCAAACUAUUCCACUGGUUAGGUGUUACCCAUUUAAGCUGAGGCAUGAAGCAACUUUUACUAGAGCUGAGACCUCUGCUCUCUAGAGGACCAGGAGGUAGGUGUGUGGUAUAGGCCAACUUCGGUGUGUAGGACCAAAAUUGAAUGGUGCUCCUGAGCACAGCAGAGCUUUACCGGCCCUGGGAGUUUUUUAGCUGUCUUGUCUUACUUGUUUACUUCACAAUCACCAAACUUGUCCCCCUCUUCUCAGAAAAGGGAGAAAGUUUCUUCUGCUAUACUAAUAGAAACAGAAGCUUUUACCAGGCAAAUUAAAAGAAGAAAGUGACUAGGGUCUGAUGUUCAUUGUGGGACGAAAGGGGGCGGUGAGGGAAAAGGUCAGAGCUUCUCAUACUUUCCUUGGCAGCAGCGCAGUUUAACCCCAGGCAAGUUUUAGAACCUCUGAGGAACCUUUCUGCAAACCCAGUCUGACUAAGCCCUGGCUGCCACAGAACUCAAGUCCACUGUCAGUCACAGUCCUUUUUAGGAAGCAGUCAUGAUGGUUGCCCUAACUACAGGGUGGCCCAAAUGCAGCCCAUUCCUUAUUUUGCCAGCUCUUUCCUCCAGAACUUCCCCAGACCCCUACCCCUGUCCAGCUCUGCAAAUCUGCACUCAGGAGCUGCCUUUUUGACGCAACAUGGAGUUAGAGAGGGCUGUCCACAGCGGUCAGUUCCCUGAGCGUCACCCUCCACGCGGGGCUCCACCACCUCCGAGGGAGAGCUGCAGGCCGGGUGAGACGCUGACUGAGCUGCUUUUCCUGGGAGUGCUUUAUUGGGGCUGAAACUGUCCUCCCACCCUGGUCUGCCUCUUUCAGCAGGGGUCUUCACUGCCUCCUAGCAGCUGCAUGGAAAGGGACCCCCGCCACCUUCUAAAGGAGAACAGGGAAAGGCCAUAAACAAAGACAGACUUGUAGUUUAUUUUGUAAUUUUUUUUUAAAUAAAUACACUUUACAUUAAAGAAAAAGGCCUUUGAUUUGUAAUUUCCAUAUUGGGGAGAAAGGAAAGAAAAAAAAAGAUCUUUGAAAAACUGAAUCACAAAAAAAAAAAAAAAAGAGAGGGCGUGAACUUAUAUCCUAA